AUGGUGACCACGAGAUUACAAGAGAGACUGGGUCUUGACACGCCCAAUUCUUCCAGUGUUGAAGACACGUCCAAUCGUACCGUAUCGCCAACUAUAUCACGAGCGUCGAAAAGGCAAGCAGCAUCGAAGAAUGAGAUUCCCAAGAACAGCGCCAAUUCAGAAGCUUCCAAAAUUUCUGUCGAGGCCGACCAAACGCCACAACCACGACACUCCCGGAUCGACACGCCAGUCACCACUAAUCAGCACAAGCUCCCUCAACGUUUGAAAUCACCAGUUGAAUUCUACACCCCACGGCAAGCAAAAACUCCCGCGAACAAGAGGAAACGAUUUGACAGCAACGAGCCUGAGGACUCGAUUCUCGACACGUUCCAAACGCCCGCGGAAUAUCCACAGACCCGCAAUGUUGCAACGGAAGAACAAGAUGAUGACGAUGAUGAUGGUGGUGAUGAUAGCGACGCUGCGCCGGAGGUGGUGAGUACACGGAGUUCAGCUCGGCGAUCUUCUCGAAACCCACGGGGAAGUGCAACCAAAGGCAGUACCAGCAAGCGAAGAAAGACCGCCACUCUGCCGACCACUGAGGACAAAGAGCCAAACCUAGCCUCAACCUCGGACACCAUCGAUGUCAUCUCGCCGAAGCCGACCUCAGUCGGGACGGACGUUGUACGCGACCAAUCGACCACAGAAGAGGCGCCUGACGCCGAGGUCACAGGUGCAACAGCCACGGCGAUCAACGACCAGGAUGAGCCUGAGCCUGUAGCCAAUCCAGCCGACAAUCCGAGUUUGACAGAUUCGGACACCACCAUAACCGCCCACCCCACGGCUACCGAUCAGGCCAGCGAGUCUCUUUCGAAAGUGGAAGAAUCAUCCGCUGCAACCAAGAUAGAGGAUGCAAGCACCAUCGUCGUAGAGCCGACCACCGGUAACCACGACGACGACGACGACGACGACGACGACGACGACGACCAAGAAGAGCCGACAGAAUCAAAUGUCCCUCCCGUGCCAUCGUCACCCACAAGGCGGGACCAAGACAAACCCGUUGCUUCGCACGUCCAAUCCGAAACAUUGUCACCUUCGCCGAGCGCUUCCUUACGAGUACCUGUUCCCGCCGUCACCAAUCCCACAACCACCACCACCACCGCCUCCGCCGCAAAACAAUCAACCCCCAUUUCUCACAUACAAUCCACCGCCCACACCGACUCUGCACAUACACGCCCAUCCGGCAUCGUCAAGAAAGCCAGAAGCGCCAAAAGCACCUCGUCGACACCGUCCACACAACGUCAGCCCGCGUCGGCCGCCCUGCCCCACCACGAACACCUCCUCAAGGCCAAGCCCACGCCGACGACGUCCUUGCAACAUUUCCGGAGCCGCAUGUUAAAUCGACACGUUCGGACCACGGACUUUGGAGGUCCAGGGCCGAAGAAGGUCAAGUUUGUGGGUGCAUGA